UUGAUUUCAUCAGCCUGUACUCACCUCACGCACGCUGAGCGAACGGAAAAAAAGAAAGAAAGCGAGUCGCACGGGGACGGAGACGCGCCAUGUACGGUGAAGUAAACAUUGAGGGAGUCCGUUGAAACUUACUGAGAAUAUGAAGAAAUUUGUUUGUCAGUGUGCCUUAAUGGGUGAGUUAUAUGUCAUGGAUUUGGCGUUGUGGCUCAUCUUUUUCUCAACAGUCACUAUGACCAGUUCAGAAGAUUCAGUUGAAGCAUAUUUGAAUCGUUGUCUUGAUGGAGUAAAUCACAAGACUAAGCCAGGACCAGAAAGUAAUUUAUUUGGUCAGUGUAACCAAUAUAAAGAACUCUCAUGCUGUACAGAAGAAACAACGAGGGGACUUCACCAAUCACAUUCCUGGUUGAAUUUCAACUGGCAUCAUUGUGACACUCAGCUCUCUAAAGCAUGUACAGCUUUUUUGAACCAUGACCUUUGUUUUUAUGAGUGCUCACCAAACGUUGCACCGUGGCUCGUGCCCCAUAAUAUCUCAAUCCGAAACGAGCGCUAUAAAGGAAUACCUUUAUGUGAAAGUGAGUGCAAUGCAUGGUGGGAUGCUUGUCGAUAUGAUUUGACUUGUAAAGACAACUGGGCAUUGGGCUGGGAUUGGUCAGCAGGUGUUAAUGUUUGUCCAGCUGGCACAACUUGUCGUACGUUUGAAGAUGUUUUUGGUUCUGCAGCCAACAUGUGCCAUCAGAUAUGGGCCGGUGCUUUUAAUGUAACCGCCGACAACGAACAAUGCAUGGUCUUCUACUUCAGUGACACAAAUCCUAACCGAGAGGUAGCAAGAUAUUAUGCUGAGAGGAUGUUGAAGGAAAGUAGCAUAGCAACCAAUUCAGCUGUUGAGCUCUCUUCUUCCAUUUUUAUAUUUUUGUUUUCUCUAAUUGUUUACAUACUUCACCAUUAUCAUCUUUGUUAUCAUGUUGUUUCAAGGACAGAACUGUAGUACAGUUGAAUUAUGGGUAAAUUUUGGUACAGAUUUAAAACAUUUCAUCAGAUACACCUUAAAAGAUUUUAGAGAAAAGGAUUUUACAAGAAUCUUGUGUUAGCUUUUUACAGUGGAUGCAUGCCACAAUUUUUUAGGCGAGUCUCAAGUGAUGAAAUAUGUAUGUAUUGAUUCCCCUUAAGUAGAAAUUUCUGAUGCUAUUGCUACUUGAAUUCUGCUGCAUAUUGCUACUUAACACCAUAAUUCCAAAAAUAUUUUCAAGCUCAAAAUAUUUCCAUUUGUUCAAAAUAAUAACAUUAAUGUUAUGCAUUGAUCACUGUAGCAUACCAUAGCAUUAUUAUUGUAGUAUUCAUUUAUCAUUUUAGCCUGCUACAAAACAUUAUUUUGAUAUUUAUUGACUCCAUUGUAGCAUGCUAUGACUUUAAUAAUGUGGUAUGCAUUGAUAUUGUAGCAUGCUGUAACAUUAAUACAGUGCUACUUUAUUCAUUGAUUAU